CCUGGAGCAAAGUAUUUAUUGGUAUAAAAAGGCGUUUGAAAACGGAUGCGAGAAGGCCCAAAAUGAAUUGGUCAUACUCGAGAAACAACUUGAACGUCGAAGGCGGUCCCUACAGUUACCGAAGGAAGUGGAGAAAGACUGA